AUGAGAAGAACAUCCUCCCAGUCGGAGAGACAUUUGUCUAUGCCUGACAUGUCGUUAAACGCGAGUGUUACACUGGAAAGUGGUUCACCUAACAAGGCCACCCCCGCGACAGUGCGAAAUACGAUAUUGAUAUGUGAUUUCAUUAAUCAGCUGAAGAUGUCCCCUAAAGAAUUCAUGGUUACAUUUCUAUCUUCGACUCACGAAGAAUUGAUCUAUCGCCAACGCCUAAGCAAAAUUGGAAUGGGUGCGAGGCAAACACGAUCGAUUUUCCGGAAUCUGGCAAGAUUGACGUCGGCAUCCAACAAAGGGCGCGAUAUAUGGGAGAACCUGAUUCUUGACGAGGCAUCGAGAAUAGUGAAUGACCAAGAAGUGACCCGAGGCGCCUUCCCCACUGGUGCCUUUGUGAGCUCAAGUACUAUUACGCCGGAUUUUUUUAGUGAUGGACAUGAAGCGAUUAGGACCACCCAGAUUCAAUCGGGGAUGAAAUUCCUUCAUGCGCUCAUCCAACGGAAAAUCGCGCACGCUAUGAACAAAAAGGAUCUGGCCACCUGCGAAGACGACGAGGUGAACGUGGGUGGACCUGGCUCACUCUCCGACGAAGCACCGCUUGGGGAAAGUCAAAUCGAGGGUGCGGUAGAUGAGGCCACCGUCCUAUCAAUGGAGAACCUGGUGGCAGUCAAAUCCACGCCGAGCUCUCAGGCUGCCCAUAAACUUGCAAAAGUGCCGACCAUGGUGUGCGCCAUGAUAGCGGUGACUUGCAAUCGAAGAUGUAACGCGAUCCCUGUGGCUAACGGCCUCAUGACAUUAGCAAGCGGGGUCUCGUGCCGGGUUAAUGAAUGGCUUCACGCGCUGGGCCUUACCACUUCGAGGACGGCAAUUCUUCAGGCUCUCGAACACUUUCCGAUACCGCCCGAUACCCUUGGACUGCCCGCCUUUUUGGAAGCCAUGCGAGCGGCUGACCGUCGACCGGUCAACUUGGGAAUGUUCACGCCGUCGCCUGCCGAGAGUCAACACUGGCGAUUAGCUAUCAAGGCACAGCUGUCCAAGUGCAUGAGGGAAUAUAUUGAGCACUUGCCUGGCGGACUUCACGCUCAAGACCUGCCGGCUUUGGUGGUCAAACCACCUGAAAUCGAUCCCAUCGCCAUGCAUAAGCCCAAUAUACACUUCCUCAGGAUGAUGGAUGCACCCGAUUCAUCAGCUGAGGGUGUGUCACGUGUUCUUGACCAGAUCAUGGGUCAAAUUGGUCUCGACAACGAUGCUUACUCGAAAUCCCUGUUGAUAGCGGGCGGAGAUGUCGGCUCAAACCAAUUGGUGGAAAGCCUUAGGGUGAAGCGACAUCCAGCCGUCGACCCCGUUGAAGGCUUAUCGUGGGUACUAUCGGUUUUCGGUGGUGCCCACACUAAUUGGAACUUUACGAAAGCUUUAUGGACUCACCAUUGGGGACAACCGGAUAAAGCAGAAGACACCGGCGUAUGGCGAUCCGCGUUUUCGCUAGGUUUGGAGUACAAGAAGCCAGUGGCCACCCAGGACUUCAACACAGUCAUGCGGUCAUGCCACAUUGUGCACAAAGCCAACAUGGUGUUUGUACUAAAGUCAGCGCGUGUUCACUCCAUGCAUAGCCAAAUGUACUCACCCAAGUCCCAUGCGUUAAAGACAGGCGAUCGAGUCACUGGACUCUCUAGACCUCAGGAAACAGGCCGACUGUGA